AUGGAGAAUUACACGUCCACUGUGCCUGAUUUGUCCAGCCUUCCAUCAGACGCUGCCAUUCCCGUGGAUGUCGCUUUAUGCUCAAUCAAUGAGUUUGGUUCCUGUUGGUUAAUCCCUGUUUCCACCAUUUUGACAUUCAUUUCUGUAACGGGAAAUGUAGCCACUUUUUGCAAUAUUCUGUAUAGACGCAUGUACAAAACUGUUACAUUCACGUGCAUUCUUUUGUUGGUGUUAAGUGACCUUUUGUCUAACAGUGCGAUGUAUAUAGGAAUGUUUAUAUUUUUUCCCAAUAUGUACGAAUACUAUUUUAAUAUUCCGCUAUGUAUUUUAUCUUUCUGGGCGUUUUUCACUCCAGUCUUGUGGUCGAGUGGUAACCUUGUGGUGCUGGCCUACGAGCGGUAUUCUCUCAUCACUAACCCCAUCCUUUUUCACACUUCUCACACUAGCUGUCGGACGCUAAAAACUUCCAUCGCCAUAUUGACUAUUAUAAGCAUGCUGAACAUCACUUACGCUGUCAUUUUGUCCUUCUACAAAGCUUGUCCAGACUUUCUUCUCAUCGUGUACUACUUUGCUUACAUAGGUGUACCUUUUUAUUUCCUAAUCAUUGGUAUGUUGCUAUACUUACAUUGUUCUAAACUCAUUAAAUUGAAAAGACAUCCUCCACUUGCUGUGGGCGCUACCAAAAUGCUCAGAUUUUCGGAGAUGACAACAAAAGUUUACCUCAUUUGUUUAACCUAUGUCUUUGGUCAAGGUCCCUUCAUUGUCAACGAUAUACUGGUGCUGUUGACAGAACAUAACAUCUUGUACCCCAAUGAAGAGUUAACUCAUCUCCUCUAUCAGAUUGGAACGCUAGCCAUGCUAGCAAAUUACGCCGCGAACCCCUUCAUAUACUUUCUUUCUUUCGACCGAUUGACUUCUGUCUGUAAAUCCAGACCCAAAUUGAACGGUGUCGCUUCUACGGCUAGAAGUUCAGAUACAUGUACCUUGAGCUCUAUUGCUUAAUGAUAUUUUCUGUGCAGAAAAACUUCAAAGAGAUUUAAAAUAGGUAUUUUUCCUGGUUAUAUAGCUGGAUAUUUCAUGAAAUAGGCCUAUUAUGUACACAUGCAAAAGAUGUAAAUGGGGUGGGGGUGAAGAUUGUGAGAAGUACCUAAAAGAUAAAGUGCUAGACCCCCCCCCCCUUUCAAAAAUUCCUGGAUCCGCCUAUGACAUGGUCCAUUUGUUUAGGCACUCGACCACUAGUCCGUGUACAACCCUCGCAGUUUUUUCAUAUACCCUCAAUCGAUUUACAAGCGUUUUCGGUUCAACACAAUAUAAAGCCGACUGUGUCACAUGUAGUUAACAUUCGACACAAUAUAAAGCCGACUGUGUCACGUGUAGUUAACAUUCGUAUAGAAGUUUCACCUGUAUCAUCAGGGGCCAAUCAUUUUCACAUUGUAUCAUAAAUGUAAAAGAUAUUCGUGUUGAUGUUUUGUUAAGGUGUGAUUUUGUGUUACCUACAUAAACUUUGUAGAAAUUGCCAUGUGUUUCAUAUAACUCAAUUUGACAUCUCUAUCCUCCGUCCCAUGGUAUCAGCGACAGGCGUAUAGAACUUAUGGAUAGUUCAAUAUGUGCUCUUUGAAAAUAUUUCCUGUGUGGAGAACUUUAUUUUGAUUAUGAUUUUUAAUGAUAUCUCAUUUCUCGUAUUAUCUUACUAUUGGCUAAUCAUGUUAGAACGUGGGCGGAGUUGAGAAAAAUGACCACUUUUUAUAUACUUUUUUAUAUACUACAGAUUGUAGAGUGAAUUUUAGAAAGAUAGCAUUUGAUGUACAUACUGUA